AUGAAAUUUUUUGGGGCAGUACCAAUUCAGUCAUCAAAUGAUGAUGUUAAUGCAUAUUGCCGAAAUGGAGGAAUUAUGGCUGGACAUCACUGCAUUUGUCCAUAUCCAUACACUGGUAAACGAUGCUUGGAUUUUGCUUGCGCUCAUGGUAUAUCAGUAGGAAUACGGUAUGAUCCUGAUAGCUUAUUUUUUAAUAAACCUUGCAUUUGUGAUGAAGAUUGGAGUGGCGAUUUGUGCGAUAUAUCAAGAGCAAAUCAAUGCAACGAUCGUGGUGAACUCAGAAACGGUCAGUGUUAUUGUAUCGAGCACUUUUUUGGCCCACAAUGUCAAUAUGUUAGUCGUUGUGACCAUGGAAAGCGAAAACAUGGAAGAUGUAUAUGUGAUACAGGAUGGAAAGGUGAUUACUGUCAAGAUAUUGUUUGCCAACAUGGUUAUCCAGAUGCCGAAAACAAAAGCGGAUCAUGUGUUUGUCCUGCUCGAUUCACUGGAACUCAUUGCGACCGUUGUUCUCAGAAAGGGCCUAAAAUUAGGCCCUAUCCAGAAUGUAAUAUUGAUAUACUUAAAAGUAAAGCUCGACUACAACGUCAAGAAGCAGAAACACAGUUUCGAUUACGACUAAUAAUUAUGGGAGUUGCGAUCUGUUUACUAUUGUUCCUGGCACUUAUUAUGAUAUUUGUAAAUCGACGCAGAAUUCAUAAAAGAAAACAUUCCGUGACCGAGAAUAUUCGACAACGUGAAUUCGAAAUCCGGAAAGCGAUUCUUGAAAGAGCAGCUCUAUCGACAGAGAAUUUAGUUGCACAACGGAUGGAAAAGUUAGAAGGAGAGCACGCAGAUCAGAAAGAAGCACCGCUUGAGUCAUAA